CGUCAUGCCUGGGGCUGCACUGUCCGCCCUGCCCGCCCUCCUGCUGCCGCUGCUGGGCCUCGCCGCCGUCGCCGCCGCGGAUUGUCCUUCAUCCACCUGGGUUCAGUUUCAGGACAGUUGCUACAUUUUUAUUGAAGAAGCCAUCAAAGCAGAAAGCAUAGAAGAUGUCAGAAAUCAGUGCACUGACCAUGGAGCAGACAUGAUAAGCAUACAUAAUGAAGAAGAAAAUGAUUUUAUACUGAAUACUUUGGAAAAGCAAUGGAAAGGUCCAGAUAAUAUCCUUCUAGGAAUGUUUUAUGACACAGAUGAUGCAUGUUUCAAGUGGUUCGAUCAAUCAAAUAUGACAUUUGAUAAGUGGACAGACCAAGAUGAUGGUGAAGAUAUAGUUGACACCUGUGCUUUUCUGCAUACCAAGACGGGUGAAUGGAAAAAAGGAAAUUGUGAAGUUUCUUCUGUAGAAGGAACACUGUGUAAAGCAGCUAUCCCAUAUGAAAAGAAAUAUUUAUCAGAUAACCACAUUUUAAUAUCUGCUUUGGUGAUUGCCAGCACAGUAAUCUUGACAGUUUUUGGAGCAAUUAUAUGGUUCCUGUACAAGAGAAAUUCAGAUUCUAAUUUCACCACAGUUUUUUCAACUACAUCCCAAUCACCUUUUAAUGAUGACUGUGUUUUGGUAGUUGCAGAAGAAAAUGAAUAUGCUGUUCAAUUUGACUAAAUUUUUGGUAUAGCUCAGUUUAUGAUGUCAAAAAAUCACCGAAUCAGUGAUUUGUGACAGAAUUUAAUAUAAAACUUGGAAUGAAAAUUAAUCUUUGUUAUAUUUUCAUUUUACAGUAACAUUAUUUUCAUGUA